UAAAACGACAUUUUUGAUUACUUUUUAGGGAACUAUAAUUUUGAAUGUUUAACAAUAUGAUAUUCGGACAGAUUUCUAAUUGUUAUGUGUAUUGUGCGUAUUAUGUUCGAAAAAAUUGUCGAAACUAAAAAAAGUGAAAUUGAAUCAAGAGAACUUUUACAAUUUCAUGAUUUGAUUUUUUUGUAAACAGUAUUAUAGAUUUUUUGUUUACGAUGUCUACUUAUUUCUUUUAUACACUGUUUUAUUGUUUAAUAUCUGGUUGCAUUAUUUAUCCGCCAGUGGAAUUUGUUUCUACUGGUCUAACGAUAAAGACUAUAUUUGCAAACUGGUUGGGUAGUGAAACUGAAUCAUUCAUAUAUUAUCACAUUAGAAGAAGUGUAAUUACGUUAUUCAUACAUUCUUUAUUGCCAUUUGGUAAACUUAAUUUUCCUAACAAAUAUAAAUGCUAUAUUUUAGGUUUGAUAUUAUUUGGUCAUGUUGAUGCAGGAAAUAUACAAUUGUUCUAUCAAAGCCCUCUAUGGUCAAUUCUUGUUAUUGUUACGAUAGCAGGACCAGCAUAUAUUUUAUAUACAAUUUUUAAAUGGUCAGAAAAAAAUUGGAAGAUGCAUCCAAUAGUACAAAAUCUUUCAAUUUAUUGUGAUGAUAAUGCUAAUUGGAUGUCUGUUGCGUCUGAGAUUGAUACAGAAUAUAGAAGAAUAGAUAAAAUUUUAAUUGAUACAAGUAGUGUAACUAGAGUCAUUGUAACAGAUAAUUGGAUACUUAAAAUAACUUCUUAUAAACUAUUCAUUGCACGGCAAAGUGAUACUGCUUUAAUAAUAAGCAAAAGUGAUACUCAUGCCAUGUCUCAUACAGCUAGGGGUGAAGUCCAGUUUAUUAAUAUUGAGGUCAAACCUACUAGGAUAGGAGCAGAAGCGUUUGAUAUAAGAAUAAGUACAUUUACUUUCAAGGAUUUCCAAGACAAAGUACAACAACCAAUAGUCAUUUUACAAGAUGUUACUUUUCAUAAAACACUAUUAGAUAGAUUUAUUGAUGUCUUCAAAGAACAAGCAUUAGAAAAUCCUUUUUAUGAAACUGCACAGGAAUUAGAGAAUUGUAUUGGAUGUAUGCAAGUACGAUCCAAUGUAAAGUUAAAUAAAUGUUGUGGAAAUAUUACUGAAAGACCAAAUUCUGAUGAAUGUACAAUUUGUCAUUGUCGACCGAUGUGGUGUAUUGAAUGUAUGGCAAAAUGGUUUGCAUCAAGACAAGAUGAGAAUACACCAGAAAUAUGGUUAUCUUCUAAAUGUACUUGUCCUGUGUGCAGAGCAAAAUUUUGUCUUUUAGAUGUAUGUCCUGUACAAACUGUAAAUCAGUAACAUAUGGAGUAUAAUUAUACUAAUAUAUGUUAAUAUAUUAGAUCAAUAUUAAAUUCUUUCUACACAGAUAUAUUUUUUAAAAUAUUAAAUUAAGAAUUUAUAAUUUUUUAUAUGAUAAAAAUAUAUUUCUCUCUUAUAAAUAAGAACGUAAAUAAUAGCAACAUGUAUAUAUGCAAUUUUGGAUUUUCAGAUUAGAAGAAUACAAAGUAAUAAAACUAUUUAUGUAACAACUCAUAUUUUAAAUGAAGAUAUGUUAUUAUGUGAUUUUUUGUUUUUAUUUAUUCAUAAUACGUUGAUAACAGUAUACAGAUUUUUUUCUUUCUCAUAGAUAAAUAUAAUAUCAAAUUUUAGAUACAAUUUUGUAUAACAACCAUGUAUUUAUUGUACUUAAAUUUAACUUAAAAGUAAUUAUAUAACUAGAUAUUAACAAAUAAUACUAAAGUAGUUAAAAAAAUAUACGCAUUAAAUAUAUUUAUGCUACCAUUAAUCUUGGUGCAAUAUUCAUAGCCAUUAAUUCUUGGAAAAGUAAUUUUGCUGCAUAUGGUAAUCUAACUUGUGAGAUCUGUGUUUUGUUCUUACAACCUUUGCAUUCGAAUGUAUUAUUACGUAAGUUCGCUAUCGCGAUUAAUCCACAAAAAUUGCAUAUAUGAAUUCUGUAUGGAUCAGAAACCUCAAAUAAACGCUCUCUCAAAAAUUGAGCAGCACCAUGUGAAAUUUGACAAUCACGUUCCAUUUCACCAAAGCGCAAUCCACCAUCUCUAUAAAAUUAAUACAAUGUGAUUAUGUACUUUUUUUUUUUAUAAAAUAGUAAACAUUUCUUUGAUAAAAUAAAGCUAUAGAAAUUUGUAA